UGUGUUUGACUCAUAAUAUUCAUGGAGACCCGAGCGCGUCAUGCGUUUUAUAUUGAAUUAUUGCUGAGCCUGAGAGCUAUAGCGUUUAAUUUGAUUGCCAGAGCCAGUCACACAAUCGAAUUAGUAUGCGAAACCAGAAAACUAUAGAAACAAAUAUAGACAUGGCGUAAUUGAAGAGCGAGAGAGGGCUGCUGUGUGUUAAUUAAUUAAUUGCUCAUACUUGACCUGGACACUAGCCAGAAGCAGAACCAGAACCGAACCGAAAGCAACAAUAAAUGUGUAUUGUUUCACACAGAUCAGGUUUUGUUCAGCUGCAUUCUUUACCCUCCCAAGCGUCUGCCCCUCCCCUUAGCAUACUUGAGUGUUCUAAGGUGCAAGAAAGAGUGAGAGAGAGAGAGACAAAGAGAGCAAGAAGGAGAGGGACAAGUGGCUGCACUUGCCACGCUUGACUUGACCACAUUCAACUUGCAGCAGCAGGCUGCCUGCAUAUGAUGCGGAAACUGCAGAUAAAAGCGUAACACACAAAAAACCAGAUAAAAAGAGGCAAUGCGAUCAGGCUGAAGCGGAAUAACUGCAGCGAUCGCAACAAAGGACUGAAAGAGGGAUAGAGCGAGAGCCAGAUCCAGAUCCAGAGAACCUUUAGCAUACAUUUCUGAAUGGAAUAAUUAUGUGAUGGGCUCGUGCUCGUGUACGCGGCGACACUUUUUGUUGUCAAUAUGCUUCCUGCAAGUGAUAACGAUUAUCGAACGCCAGGUAUUCGACUUUCUCGGAUACAUGUGGGCUCCCAUACUGGUGAAUUUCUUCCACAUUCUAUUUAUCAUAUUCGGAUUCUAUGGCGCAUAUCACUUUCGCGUUAAAUACAUCAUCACCUAUCUAAUAUGGAACUUCCUAUGGAUCGGCUGGAACGCCUUCCUCAUUUGCUUCUAUCUGAAUGUGGGGCAGUUGGAUAGGCAGGACAGUGAUCUACUCAAUCUGGGCACGGGCAGCGUUUCCUGGUUCGAGGCGAACGGUUAUGGCUGCCGUCCCACCUACAACAUGACGGCGGAUGAUCCGUUCCGGCCACAGCGGCCGGAGAGCGUAGAGGGCUGCCUGCUCGACUAUACGCUGGUGGAGAUUAUUCAUUCGGGAGUUCAGUGCGGCCUGGCGCUGCUCGGUAUACUCGGUGCGAUUCUGAUCAGUUGCAUAUUUCUGGACGAGGACGACAGAUUCGAUUUCAUGAACGGCGACGCGAAGAGUCCCCAGCACACCGUGGUGCACCCAAUGUACGUGAGCUAUACAAGUAUACCCACAACAUCCGCAAGCGCCACAAUGCAAUCAAACAAGCAUCUGCAGCUGCAACUGCAGAGCCAGCAGCAGCAGCAGCAGCAAAACUCACUGAAACUCUAUCAUCAUCAGCAACAAGUACCACACUUCAACCAGAACUACCAACUGAACAACAGCAACAAUAAUACACUCAACAAUAAUCUUCACCAGCGUCAGGCGCCGCCUCAGCCGCCGCUAGACACAACAAUUAACCACAAUGCAUCAUUCCAACGCCACCACCAAUCAGUCAACCAUCUAACCCAGCGCACAAGUGGCGAGAACAGCAACAGCAGCAGCCUGAGGCGCCAGCGCCACCACCAGACCACCAGUGGCUCCGGUCCCAGUCCCAUGUCCCCACAGACCACGCCCUCGCUUUCGUACGCCUCGCUGCAGAACUCCAACUCCAAUCCCUAUCUGGCCAACUCGCUGAGCAACAGCAACUAUAGCAUCUUCCAGGGCAUCCCCGAGUGUGGGGGCAGCAGCACGCACUUUGCCCGCAUCCAUCACAAGGCCAAGGCCCCCAAGUCGGGGCUCAUAUCAUCACCAGGUGUGGGUGUAGAUUCAGGUGUAGGCAUUGGCCUGGCAGGCUAUUCCCCAGUCCGUCCGCUCGAACGUCUCUCGCGCAAUCUCGAGGAGGAGGAGGACAACUUUUCGAUGCAGCAGCUCUCCCCUGGGGCAAAUGGCGUCACUUAUGUGCCCUUCAGGAGUCCCACGCCCAGCACUCUCUUCGUGCACGAGAACAACAACAAUUCUCAGCCGCACAUCGUCUUCAACUCAGCCACGCACUCUAGUCCCAACAACAAUGCCUCCUUUCCCUAUGAGCAGAAUGGAUUGCCUUCCCCGUUGCGUGUGGGGCCCAGUCCUAAGGCCCGGCGACCCACACAGAUUCCGCUGCCCACAGUGCCGCUGCACACGUGCCACGUGCUGGACGAAGACGAUGAUGAGGAGGUAAAUGGCGAUCAUAUGCUGACGCCACCGCCUCCACCCGUGCCCCGUCCGCACAUCUUCCAUCAGCGGCUGGGCCAGGCGCCCUAUCCUGAUCUCUCGCCCGAGAUAGCCGAGAAGUACGCCAUGCCCACACAACAUGUGUCCGUGCCCUCAUCCAUUCCCGUUCCGGUGCCCCACGGCUCGCCCAUGGUGCGACGCACCCAUCGCCGCCACCGACCCGCCAUUCCGGCACAGGCCAACUUUUGCGAUCAGAUCAGAGCCCCUCCGCCCGGCUACGUGGUGCGCACCCAGAGCGACGAUCGACUGGUAGAGGCGGAUCAGCAGAUGGAGGCGGCUCCACGCGUCAAUCGCCGGAGCAACAACAAGACCCGUCCCCGCUCCUUCUGCAGCUCUAUUGUGGGCGUACAGGCCUAGAUUCCGGCCAGCGAGGCCUCCAAGUACGUCCAGCUUCCUACACUCCCCUCUCUAUCUGCAAUCGCCUCUCUGUAAUCUUCUCUCUGUCCGUGCAGGUGCUGGGCCAACUGCUGCCAUGUCUGCCUUGUAGCGAUGAUCCUUUUCCGAUCCACCCACACAUAUACCACACGUACAUACAUUUUGUUGUUUCUAUGUUGUGCCUAACGACCAGGCAUCAGCCAUGGCUGAUGGCUCUUCCUCUCCGGGAGGGAGCAUAUCCAUAACCGCAACCAUAAGCUUCCAGCGCGUGUGCUCAUCGAUUCGGAUUCGGAUUGUGCGCGGACUCGGCCUAGCAAAUGUCUAACUUAUUUAACCAAGCCAAGUAUUUAUGUAUCAGCCAGAGCACACACACCACACGCAUGUCCUACAUACAUACAUACAUAGAGGGGGUCUUUCCCGUCGACUUGUGAUAGGAAAUCGAAUUGCGGAAAGGCCCCACAUACAAACACAAGAGAGCCUACAUAAUUUUAUGUUGAUCUGUGAUAACUCUAAAAAAAAAAAAAAUGAACGACAAAACGAUUAAUUAUAUAGCCGAAAGUGUCACAAACAAAAAAGUUGAACAAA